GGACACUAUAAAUAGCAUUGUACGCCCAAGACCGAGUGUAUCCAUUUCUAAGCUUGAGGAAGAGUAUUAAGCUUUUGUUCGCCAAUGGCAAGUUUGAAAGGAAACAACACGUGUUCUUCUUCUAUUCCAGAUAGGUCUCUCAAUCUCUGGGAUGACGAUUUUGUGCAAUCUAUGGAAACACCCUACGAGGGAUCUGAAUACCACGAACGUGUGGAAACACUCGUGAAUGAAGUGAAAAUGUUGUUAAAAGAAAUGCAGACUCAAGAUUGUAGUCUCAUCGAGCGGCUUGAGAUGGUUGAUGCAUUGCAAUGUUUCGGAAUAGAUCGAUAUUUUAAGGCUGAGAUAAAAGAGAUUCUUGAUUACGUUUACCGAUGUUGGGAUGAAAGUGUGGGCUUAGGAUUACAAUGCGAAAGUAUUACCAAGAAUUUGAAUGCCACAGCUUUAGGACUCAGAUUACUUAGACUCCAUCGUUAUGAUGUCUCUGGAGAUGUACUGGAGAAUUUCAAGGACAAAAAUGGCCAGUUCUUUUUCAGUGGAGAAAAUAAAGAUGAUGAUGAGAAUAAAAAUGAAGAACAUGUUAUGAGAAGCAUGCUCAAUCUUUUAAGAUCAUCAAGUGUGGCAUUUACUGGUGAAACUAUUAUGGAAGAGGCUAAACUGUUUAGCUCUGCAUAUCUUAAACAAAUAAUAGAGAAACCUGGCGAUACAUAUAGGAAAAGCUUUGUGAAAGAGGUUGAGUAUGCACUCUUAUAUGAAUGGUCUCGAACAUUCUCUAGAUGGGAGGCACGCAACUUUAUAGAAAUAUAUGAGCUGGAUAUAUUGAGGUUGAAGGAUAAGAAGAUAUUAGAGUUGGCCAAAUUGAACUUUAAUAUAUUGCAGUUUACAUACAAGACAGAGAUGAAGAAACUCUCAAGUUGGUGGACAGAUUCUAGGGUCUCAAAAUCAAUUGCAGGUAGACAACGUACGAUUGAAUAUCUUUUGUUAGCAGUUAGUAUUGCAGAUGAGGUGGAUUUUAGUAGUAGCAGAAUAGCGGUGGCAAAAACAUCAGUGAUUAUUACUAUUUUGGAUGACCUUUUUGAUGACUACUUAACUCUUGAGCAAAUUGAACUUAUUACUAAGUCCAUUGUUCAAGGUUGGGAUAUUUCUCUUAUACAAAAUCUUCCAAAGAAUUUCAAGGCAGCCAUAGAAUUUUGUUUUAAAACAGUGCAUGAAUUGGCAAGUGAUGCUACUAAAAAGCAAGGGCGUGAUAUGAUGCAAUUUAUCACAAAGACUUGGACAGAUUAUAUUGAAGGUAAUUUGCAACAAGCACGAUGGAAUAAAAGUGGAUAUGUUCCAACUUAUAAUGAGUAUAUAAGGAUUGCUGCAACAACUGCAGCAAUUGGACCAAUAUCAUUGCAUGCCAUCCUCUUAGCAGCCCCAGUUGCAGAAGACAAUGUCAUAGAGAAGAUAUUUCAUAAUCAAUCCAGAUUCUAUGAGCUCAUAUGGCUAUGCACACGUUUAGUUGAUGAUAUUCAUGAUUUCGAGGAUGAUAAACUCCAUGGGCAAACAUCAUCAGCUAUUUCCUCCUAUAUGAAGGAUCAUCCUGAAUUUUCAGAAGAUGGGGCUUUAAAUCACAUCAACGGACUCCUUAAUCAAUUUAUUAAGGAAUUAACAUGGGAAUUUUUAAAUCCAAAUAAUAAUUUGCUUGAUUGGGAAGGGUUAAGUUUCAAUAUAAAUAGAGGAAUGCAAUGUUUUUAUGUAUUUGGUCAUGGCUUUUCCUAUCAUGAUAAAGGAGUCAAAGAGCGGAUAUUUAAAGUACUUAUUGAUCCAGUAAAAAUAUAAAAAAUGUAGUUAAGAGUUCAAUCAUAAGUCAUAAACAUUUGAAUUCCAUUCCUAAUAAGAUCAGCAAGUCGGUUACUGAUAUUCUAAUAAGUCAUAAAAUGGCAUGUUGAAUGCUAAUUUCAUACUUUUAUUGUUUCUUCAAUGGAAGCCUGAGAAUUGAUCUGUUGAAAUCUAAUUCUCUAAAACUGUAAUAUCUCU